UCCCGCUUCCCCCCGCCGCUCCCGGCCCGCGCCGCCCCCUCCUCCCCCCGCCCCGCCCCGCCCGGCCCGCCCGCAGCGCGCGCGGCCGCGCCGCCAGCCGCCAAGAUGGCGUCGGCCCUGGAGCAGUUCGUCAACAGCGUCCGGCAGCUCUCGGCCCAAGGGCAAAUGACCCAGCUUUGUGAACUGAUCAAUAAAAGCGGAGAACUGCUAGCAAAAAAUCUUUCCCAUCUGGAUACGGUGCUUGGUGCCCUGGAUGUGCAGGAACACUCAUUAGGUGUUCUUGCUGUCUUGUUUGUCAAGUUUUCUAUGCCCAGCAUCCCUGACUUCGAAACGUUAUUCUCACAGGUGCAGCUUUUUAUCAGCACUUGCAACGGGGAACACAUUAGAUAUGCAACAGACACUUUUGCUGGCCUGUGCCACCAGUUAACAAAUGCCCUUGUGGAGAGAAAACAGCCCCUGCGAGGAAUUAGCAUUCUCAGACAAGCCAUAGACAAGAUGCAGAUGAACACAAACCAGCUGACCUCAAUACAUGCAGAUCUCUGCCAGCUCUGUUUGUUAGCAAAAUGCUUUAAACCUGCCCUCCCGUAUCUAGAUGUGGACAUGAUGGAUAUUUGUAAAGAGAAUGGGGCAUAUGAUGCGAAGCACUUUUUAUGUUACUACUACUAUGGUGGGAUGAUAUACACUGGGCUAAAGAACUUUGAAAGAGCACUCUACUUUUAUGAACAGGCAAUAACUACUCCAGCCAUGGCAGUCAGUCAUAUUAUGUUGGAAUCGUAUAAAAAGUAUAUUCUAGUUUCUUUGAUACUACUUGGCAAAGUUCAGCAGCUACCAAAAUAUACUUCCCAGAUAGUUGGUAGAUUCAUUAAGCCCCUUAGCAAUGCUUACCAUGAAUUAGCGCAAGUUUAUUCAACCAAUAAACCCUCGGAGCUUCGAAAUCUCGUGAACAAACACAGUGAAACAUUCACAAGGGAUAACAAUAUGGGGCUGGUUAAGCAAUGCUUGUCAUCUCUCUACAAAAAGAAUAUUCAGAGGCUAACCAAGACUUUUUUAACAUUGUCAUUACAAGACAUGGCAAGUCGAGUGCAGUUGUCAGGGCCCCAAGAAGCAGAAAAAUAUGUCCUCCACAUGAUAGAAGAUGGUGAAAUCUUUGCAAGUAUUAAUCAGAAAGAUGGUAUGGUCUGUUUCCAUGAUAAUCCUGAAAAAUAUAACAAUCCUGCUAUGCUUCAUAACAUUGAUCAGGAGAUGCUGAAAUGUAUAGAGCUUGAUGAACGACUGAAAGCCAUGGAUCAAGAGAUCACUGUGAACCCUCAGUUUGUGCAGAAGAGUAUGGGCUCUCAAGAAGAUGACUCAGGGACCAAACCAUCCAGUUAUUCUUGAAAUGAAUGUUGCUCACCACUCCGCUUUCAAGUAAAAGCUUAUGAAAGAAUCACGCCUGGAAUAGGGCAUUGAGGAGUUCCACGAAGAGAGCAGAGAGAACUGAGCUUUGCUUUUCACCUGGACAUUAAGAAAAUAAAAGAACACCCUCUCAGUACUGUAUAAUAUCAGAAAUAUUCUCUGCAAAGAAAAAGGAAAUCUCAAAAGAAACUUAAAAGUCUGUUGUGGAUUUAUUUAUCUUCAGAUUAACAUCGUUAAUGCAUUAAAUAAUCUACCUUUUGUUUUAAAGGGUUUGAAUGUU